GGGGGAACCAUCAUUCUCAUCUCGAGAGCUUCGUGGCCGUCUUCAACGUUCUCAAAACAGCCAUAUCGCUAGGAUGAAUUGCACUUAAUAUAGGGAGUAUAUAUCUCGCGCAAACAUCUCCCCCUCCACUGACUAAUAUAGUUUAACUGCAGUCCGAUUACCAACACAAGCGCAGCGGUUAUCAACCAUCGCCUUUCUUGCUUUUAGCUGGGCGGUUCGGUUGGGAUAGCAUGAUCCACGGCUCCAAGAUUCCUUGCCGGCGAACCCACAGCUCAGAGUUCCUGGAUGAGAUUUGUGGCAUCCCGCGGUGCCUUUGAGUGGCCGGAUGGAUGUGGGUACAUUUCUAACUCCAUUUUUCUAGUUUUCCCAUAUCUGGGUCGGUCCAGGGCGAACAUGGAACCGAACCGGUUCAUCACAUAAAUACGUCAGUCGAAGCGUAGUAAGGAUGAGUACGAGCCAGCGCACUGUAAAAUAAAAUAGAUAAAGCCUUUUCUAUCUUUCGUAACUUAGUUGAUUGUACUUCCUUUUUAUUGAAAGUGAAAAGCAACAGCAAAAGCAAAAAGUAUUGAUUGCCUGUUGUUGUACUACUCCCCCCUUUAUCAAACCAGACAACGCAUAUCUUCUCGCAUCUAUACCAAGCAUAGCCGUGUUGGAGACGAAGCAGCAACAACUACUCCUUGCUGCACAGGUCGUGGGAUAUUUAAUUUAAUUCCCAAGUAAAUUGUCUGGUUCUUGGAUCUAUCAGAUCUCGUGGUAUAAUAUACCAAUCCGGGGGAGACGUUCUAGACCUGUCGUGCCGCGUGCUCCUUCACAGCUGCGAUCCAGUCCGGUCCAGCCCCAGUCCAAUCCAGUUUCAAAGAAAGUCAGGUCUGCUGGACGCCUUGCCUCUUCAUCGUCGUAAGCAAAGCCUACAGUGCAGCUUUGCUCGAGGAUCAGGGCCGGCGUAGAUAGGUAUCGCGAAAACACACAGGCGUAUAAAAACAGGGACUGAAAUACCCCCCCUCUUCCCCCCCCCCGCCCUUCUUACUCCCAUCAUGACUUCACUCCCAUAUCGUCGCCCUUCGCGCCAGAUGUCCAGGCAAGCUUCCAUGGAUCCCCGAAACGAGAUCUCCCCGCAGAUGGACCACUAUAUCGGCAUCGAUGUCGGCACCGGUAGCGCUAGGGCCUGCAUUAUCGAUAACAAGGGCGACAUUGUGGGCUUGGCUUCGGAAAAUAUUGGCUUGUGGCAACCACAACAGGGGUACUAUGAGCAAUCUACAACUGAUAUCUGGCGCUGCAUCUGUAUCUCAGUGCAGCGCGCUAUAAGCCAACACAAUAUCAACCCAGCCUCAAUCCGCGGCAUUGGUUUUGAUGCCACCUGCUCUCUAGCAGUGUUUUCCCAUGAUGAUGACGAACCCGUAUCCGUCACAGGCCCCAACUUCGACACAGACCGCAAUAUCAUUCUCUGGCUCGACCAUCGCCCAGUCAAAGAGACUGAGAAAAUCAAUGCCACCGGUCACAACCUGCUCCGCUAUGUCGGGGGUAAGAUGUCCAUUGAAAUGGAGAUCCCCAAGGUACUGUGGCUCAAGAAUAACAUGCCAAAGGAGCUCUUCGACCGUUGUAAAUUCUACGAUUUGACGGACGCCUUGACACAUCUAGCUACAGGCAACGAGAAGAGGAGCUUCUGUAGCGUUGUCUGUAAGCAGGGAUAUGUCCCUGUGGGCGUUGACGGAAGCGUCAAGGGGUGGCAACCUGAUUUUCUGAAUGAGAUUGGUUUGGAGGAGUUGACUGAGGAUAACUUCAAGCGCAUUGGGGGUGUCAAUGGCCAGAAUGGAGAAUACCUCUCUGCUGGAGAACUCGUCGGCACUCUCUGUGACAAAGCAGCCUCAGAGCUGGGCUUGCCCGCUGGAAUCGCUGUAGGAAGCGGUGUCAUUGACGCAUAUGCGGGCUGGAUCGGCACCGUUGGUGCCAAAGUUCAGCUUGGGUCUGACCAGCUGAGCUCCGAUGCAGCCAAAAACGAUAGAUCGCAAGCUUUUAGCCGCCUUGCUGCGGUUGCGGGCACAUCAACCUGCCAUCUCGCCAUGUCACCAAACCCAGUCUUCGUCCCUGGUGUCUGGGGCCCGUACCGUGACACCAUCAUCCCAGGAUUUUGGAUGGCCGAAGGCGGCCAAUCCGCCACAGGUGAACUGCUCAAACAUGUCAUCGAAACACAUCCUGCCUUCAACCAAGCGCUCUCCGUCUCCGAAUCCUAUCACACAAACAUCUACGAUUAUCUCAACGAGCAUCUCAAGGAGAUGGUCGCGGACAGCCAAGCACCCUCAAUCUCCUAUCUGGGCCGCCACUUCUUCUUCUACGGCGACCUCUUUGGCAACCGCUCUCCAAUCGCCGACCCCACCAUGUCCGGCUCCGUCAUCGGCCUCUCAAGCGAUAAAUCCGUCAGCGGCCUCGCGCUGUACUACUACGCAACCCUCGAAUUCAUCGCGCUGCAAACAAAGCAAAUCAUCGAAACGAUGAACAAAGCCGGCCACAGCAUCACCUCGAUCUUCAUGUCCGGCUCCCAAUGCCAGAACGACAUCCUGAUGAAACUGAUCGCGUCAGCGUGCGGGAUGCCCGUGCUUAUCCCCCGCUACGUCCAUGCCGCUGUGUGUCAUGGGGCGGCGAUGUUGGGUGCCAAAGCGGCCAGUGCAGAUGAGAAUGGCAAGACGGAGGAUUUGUGGGAUAUCAUGGACCGGAUGAGCAAGCCGGGGAAGAUGGUGAAACCGAGCACGGAUGAGUAUGAGAAGAAGCUGCUGGAGGUGAAGUACAAGGUGUUUUUGGAGCAGUGUUAUAAGCAGCAAGAGUAUAGAAAGGAUGUGGAUGCGGUUAUUGAGGGGUGGGGGAAGAAUUGAGUGGGUAUUUCCAUCAGGGGGAGUUUGAUAGAGGUGGGUUUCUGAGUGGAGAAAGGAGGGGAACGGAAGAGUUAGUUGAAGUGACGGUGGUAAGUAAUUUCAAUUUUUAGACAGGAUGCCCAAUAGGGUCUUCCUCUUUUUCUUUCCAUACACCCUUUAUCCAGAAUGAUUCAAAAAGUUAAUGGCUGUGGUCGAUUUCCACACCUUUCAUAUAUCUCCAUUUUCAUGCGCCUUGUGAUGUCCUGUUUGGCUUUGUUUCUUUCUCCCCUCUUUCCGUCCCUUUCCAUGCAUGCAUGCUACCUUGAGUCUCUUUUAUAUUGAAAGAAAUCUAGAAAAUAACCCCUUCAAUCGAAGAAGACAGAGGGGCUAGAUCGUUAAUAACUACUGCUUUACUAUAAUACUAUAAUACAGAAAGCAAGUUUGCUGAUAGAUAUUCAUUGCCAAAGCCAAUUCAUUCUAAUGGCAGAGCCGUCAAUGAAAUGGAGCCAAAAUAAAACUAAUAGGAAAAUACAUAAAACCAAACAAGAAAAAGGGGGGAAAACGGCCGGGAUAGGGUAUACAGAUGAUGACCAGGAAAAAAACAGCCGCAACACAGGAGAGAAUCAGAACCUCAUGUAUGUGAUACAUACGUGUACAGAAGCAACAGAGACAACAGACGUGAAAAGCUGAAAAAAAAAAAAAAAAGCAGGCCCCAAGGUAUCAGGAGAUGACGUAGAUACAAUAUUUCAGCUAUCAAAACGAUGCCCAAUAACUGUAUCACUCGCAAGAUCCAUGACUGUCAUAACAUGGCACAAUCGCCGCAUAUUAAUAAUAAUAAAAUAAAUCACACCUUUACCUACCCAUUUCAGUCAUUAACCCAAAAUCUUCUACCUCCCCAUAUUCCUAGUCGGUAAAAGCCAGUCAUCAGAGCCCCUUUCGAGAAAGACAGAGGCGAAUCUUGAAGGAUAGCAUCGUUAAUAAGCCCUUCCUCCCUUCCCCCUGCCCACCGUCCGAAACACAGCACUCUGCCCCAUUGCCAAGCUAUCAACGGGAUCAACGCGCAUGGCGUUUAUAUCGUUAAAGGCAGAGAGAUAGAAGCCGGCAAUCACAAACAGGUAUGUGAGGACCAGGAUGGAACCUUUGAAGUAGUUACUCUUUCCCUCGCCGUACAUGUAUGAUAGAAGGAAGACGCAGAGGAUGACGGUGAUCAUGUCCCAUUGCGGGAAUAUGAGACUGUGUUUAAAUAACAAAGGGGGUUAGUGCUUUUGUCUCACCUUAAGAAAAAAAUACCGCCAAGUGAAUGGAUAGAACGUACUUGAAAGAGUGCUGUAGGAGCUCCUUUGGGUCUAUGAAUUGGGCGUAUAUGGCGCUGAAUAACACCACUGCGGGUAUCUGCAGAAGGCACACUUGGAGGGCAUAUGCGGAACCGAUCUCCAUCGAUAGAGCUAUGUUUCCGUUCAUGGCGAAUGAUAUGGCAUUCUUUUGACAAAGAUAUUAGAGGUUUUUGCUUCUCCACUCCAUUUCAACACAAAUACCAUAGAAAAAAAUAGAAAGAGAAAGAGAAUCACAUACCAAGAACUCCGUAGUAUUCGGGACCAGCGCAAAGAGUGUAAUACCCAGAAAUUUCUCAUCG